CACACCAUACCCUUCCUCUCCUACCCCAUCCUUCUUCAUCCAUCAUCAUCAUAAUCUCUUUCUUUUUAACCACCUUCAAAUUUUAUCCACUCCCACACUCUUCACACUUCUUCAGUUCAGACCCGUUUCAUGCAGGGUUUUUCAAAUUGUGGGUCAAUGUCAACGUUGUCUAAAGAUGAUAACUUGGUCCUCUCCUCCGAGGAUUCUUCUUCCCCAGAUGAGUCUCACCUUGAAUUGGGUCUCGCCUUAAGCCUCUCUCCAUAUGCCACAAAGGUUUUUCCUUCUUCCUCUAAUGUCACUUCUGGGACCAACACACCUCCUGAUUCUGUUGUCCCCUCUAAUGGUCUCAGUCAAGUAGUUGGAUGGCCCCCCCUUGGAAUAUAUAGAAUGAACAGCUAUAAUAGCCAUGCAAAAUCCCCAGCCACUGAAGUAUUCAAUUCUGUAGUUGAGGAAAAUAAGAGCAAUAAGAGUGCUGACAAUGGCAAUGAUAAUAAAAAAAUUAUCUCCAAAGAAAACGGAAAUCUGAGGAGUUCCCUGUUUGUGAAAGUAAAUAUGGAUGGAAUACCAAUUGGAAGGAAGGUUGAUUUGAGUGCUCAUAGUUCCUACAAAACCUUAGCACGAACCUUGGAGGAUAUGUUUAACGAACCAACUACAGUCCUCACUUGCAAAGAUUCCAUUGUUCCCCUAAUGGUAUUGACAUCAUUGUCAAUAGGAUCAAAUGGAGAGAAUCAUGGUAUUGUAGUUGGAGUAGAUGGGCAGUCAAGAUUGUUGGAUGGAUCUUCAAACUUUGUGCUCACUUACAAAGACAAGGAAGGAGACUGGAUGCUUGUUGGAGAUGUUCCUUGGUGGAUGUUCCUUAGCUCUGUGAGGAGACUAAGAAUCAUGAGAACAUCUGAGGCAAAUGGUCUUGCACCAAGAUUGGAAGAAAAGAACAGCAGAUUGAAAAGCAAGCCAAUAUAGAUAAGGUUUGCAAUUUUGCAUGUGUUAGGAUACAGAAAACUGAUGGCCUAAAGUGUAUAGCACGAAUAGAAGGAAUAAAAAAAGGAGAAAAAACAAUAAGAGAAAAGUAAAAAUGGGAUUAUGAGAUUUUUAUUUUUAUUGUUAUUUUGGUUCAAUUCGGAUGCUGGUUGUUUAAUAUCUUAUAUCACUUGGAGGGCACAGGCGCCAUAGAUUUUUGUGUAAUGUUAGUCAUAUAAUGUUUUGCCGUUUCUUAAUAAUGUAAAUAUGAGAUGCUUGCUAACUUGGCAAAUUUUGAUUACCUUCUCUUCCCCUGCU